GGAAGAAACCUCACCAAUGUGAUGAAUGUGACAAAGCCUUUAACAAGAAGUCAAAUCUUACUGGACAUUAUGGAAUUCAUACUGAACAGAAGCCUCACGAAUAUGAAAAAUGUGGCAAAGCGUUUACCUGGCAGUCAAGUCUUAAAGAUCAUUACAGAAUUCAUACUAUGGAAAAGCCUUACGAAUGUAAAGAAUAUGGCAAGUCCUUUAAUAAUAACUCAAAUCUUACUUGAUAUCACAGAGUUCAUACUGGGGAGAAUCCUUACAAAUGUGAUAUGUGGCAAACCUUUUGCAUGGCUGUCAGGUCUUUCUAUGCAUUACAGAAUUCAUACUAGGGAAAAAUGA